AUGAUUGAAUACAAGCUUGCCCAGAAAAGAGAAGCCAAGAUGAAAGAAGCCCUCAAAAUGCAAGAAGAAGAGCGACGGAUAAAGCAUGAAAUGAUGAGAGGGGUCGUGCAGAAUUGUUCCCUCAUAAAAGACAAUACUGCUGAGUUUAAAAGAAGAAGAGAAGAGUCCAUUAAACAGAGACGAGAAGAGCUGGAAGAAAAAAAAGAGAAUGCUAUGAGCAAAAAGCUGAAAUAUACGAAAGAGUCAGCAAAAGACCUUUAUUAG